CCUAACUUACAAGGGGCAAAGGUCGUAUACCGUGGGAGGUAAAACAUGUCAACGAUGGGACACACAACAGCCAAAUAAGCACAACUAUACUGAUCCCACAAAGUACCCGGAUUCAACAUUGAGUGAAGCGCAAAAUUUCUGCCGGAAUCCAAGUGGUUUUUAUGGAGGCCCAUGGUGCUACACAACGGACCCUGGGACAACUUGGGACAGAUGCGAUAUACCGUUAUGUGAAUGUAAGACUACCCCUCUAGGCGAAACCUACCAGGGCACUAUUAGCUAUACAACGUCCGGUAAAUUGUGUCAGCGAUGGGAUAUGCAGUCUCCGCAUCAACAUGAGUUUACAGAUAUUUCAAAGUUCCCAGAUAAGGAUUUCGUCGAGUUGGAGGCCAACUGUAGAAAUCCCGCUCCAUAUUGGUCAGAAGGGCCGUGGUGCCUUACUCAGGAUCCUGACACUCGGUUUGAGAAAUGUGAUGUACAUAUGUGUCAACUACCAGUUCAACCUACACCAGCCAGCUGUCCUUCCAGGGUUGGUCGAGAACCUUCUGAUCUCUCGAGACGUGGAGCAAACUUUGCACACUUAAUGGUUAACAAUACAUUCCCGUGUGACGGUAACGUAACCAGUUGGGAAUACUACCGCGCGAAUUUAGACACAACAGCGUAUGUAGCAGUAUGGCGACCAAUGACGUCAACUAAAUUUAUGUUGGUCAAGAAAACAAUACUACCGGCAACUCCUGGUGGUCGGGUUGGCGUUCUGUUUAUCACACUUCCCCAGGACCAGAAAAUACCUGUAAAGGUUGGUGAUUUUAUCGGAGUCCACUAUUCACGGUAUAGUACGAAUGCAGCCAUCCCGAACUCAAGAGGGGGUGAUGGCGAUGUUUCCGAUUCUGAGCUAUUCAGAACAAUCAAUGUUGCGAGAUAUGACGAAGACCUCCAAGAAGGAAAUGUGUUCGACUUUGCGAAUGCAAAUGUUGUAAAAAGUACUUAUGCAAUCAUUGCCAAUGUUGAAGUGCAUGGAACAAAACCGCCCACAACUGUACAGAUAACUACUCCAACUACUCCAAGUUUGACGAUGCGACCAGGGGAAUGUCCACCUACCGUUGGGAGGGUGCCAACAGACCUCCCGAGAAGGGGUGGAAAUUGGGCGCAUCUUAUGAUUGACAAUGAAUUUCUAUGUAGUGGUACCGUUAUUGCAUGGGAAUACUACAGGGAUAACAUGGAUACGGUUGCCUACGUUGCUACUUGGAGACCUACGGCUGAGCCCUGGAAGUUCAAGUUGAUCACUAAGACACCAUUAUCGGUUAGGUUUGGUUACUUUGGAGUUACAAAGGUUGAUGUGAAUAUACCAGUUCAAGGGGGAGAUUUUAUAGGUAUCCACUACAGCUACUUCACGGGAACUCCGUGCAUCCCCAACUCUCGUGGCAAUGACAGUGUUGUGCCUGACAAUGAACUGUAUACUACGAUAAAUGUACCGAGAUUCAAUGAAGACUUCGUUGAGGGAAACAUUGCUGACUUCACAGGAGUUCAACCUAUCAAGAGCACCUAUGCCCUCCGAGCGAUUUUCAAUGCAACUGGACGAAUAAUUUCAACAAGAAAUACUCAGCCUGCGACAUCAACACCUGGUCCAAUAGUUGUGCAAGAAUGCAAGUACUCUGAGGCUGGACGAGAAUAUAUGGGUAAAAAAGCAACUACAAGAUCAGGUAGAACCUGUCAGAUGUGGGUUUCUCAAUUUCCACACGAGCAUAACCAUUGGAACGAAAGUCGCUUUCCAGAUGCAAGACUCGAGGACACUAUGAACUAUUGCCGGAACCCAACAUAUAAUCCCGGUGGUGUUUGGUGUUUUACAACUGAUACUGAAAUUAGAUGGGAGUAUUGUGACGUGGCGUAUUGUGAUUGCAAGGCAACUAAAGCAGGUAUGGAGUACAAUGGCAAGGUACACACCACACGAGAAGGGUACGCAUGCCAGAGAUGGGACUCGCAAGUUCCGAAUAAACAUCCCGAUUAUGACCCACAAUACUUUCCAGAUGGAUCCGUAAAGGAAGCAGGAAACAAAUGCAGAAAUCCUACCAAUUUUAAUGAAAAUCCUUGGUGUCAUACAACGAAUGCUAGUCUUAUUUGGCAAUAUUGUGACAUCCCUGUGUGUGAAUGUUCUCUUUCACCAUUCGCUCAUAUGUACCUCGGAAAAACCGCUAAAACCAUCAGCGGGCGAACAUGUCAGCGAUGGGACUCACAAUCACCGCAUCCUCAUGACAAAUACGACCCGGCGUUAUUUCCAGAGAGCACAAUUGAAGAAGCCUCAAAUUACUGCCGCAAUCCAACCAACAAUCCUGGCGGAGCAUGGUGCUAUACGACGGAUGUAGAUGUUGAGUGGGAAUAUUGCGAUAUCCCUCUGUGUGGUCGUUAUCAAAAGACUGUCCCACCGACUCCAAAACCAUCAUUGGCUCCAGGAACAUGCCCAGACAUGAUUGGACGCCACGCAACAGAUCUUCCCAGAAGUGGUGGAACAUACGCUCACCUCAUGAUCGACAACAGCUUCCCAUGCGAUGGCUCGGUUUCUGGCUUCUUUUAUUUCAAAUCUUCUUUGGAGGCGGUCACUUAUGUUGGAAUUUGGCGCCCGGUGAAUGGGAAACCAAACAUGUAUCAACUAAUAUAUAAACAAAGAUUCCCUUCGAUGCUAUUGGGGCAGAUCGGUGUACAUUACAUUCCGUUGGCUACUGAUGAAAGUAUUGAAGUCAAAAUUGGUGAUUUCUUAGGCGUCCAUUUUCCUCAACAGCAAGUGUAUCCGGGCAUCCCGAAUUCCCGGGGUAACGACUCUGUUGUGCCAGACGACGAGUUAUUCACGACAAUUAAUAUUGCCAGAUAUGACGAAGAUUUCAUCGUUGGUAAUACUAUAGACUUCACUGGAGCCAAAAGAAUAAAAAGCACAUUUGCUCUUAAUGCUGUCUUCACAGGUAUUCCUCCACAAGUGACGACAGGCAUAACGCCAACGCAACGUGCUACAAAAUCUCCACCACCGAUUUGUCCUAAAAAUGGGCUCAUAGGGGGCCCAGCCGAGAAUCUACCGGAGGACUGUAGCACAUACAUGCACCUAAUGCUCAAUGACUCUUUCCCUUGCGAUGGAUAUAUUACAGGAUUUGAAUACUUUAGAACAAUUCCAAAUAUCCCUGUAUACGUUGGUAUUUGGAGAAAUACUAGAACACUCAAUAUAUUUAAACUCAUCAAGCAAGUGAAACUUCAAGACAGUGACAUAAAUUCUAAAGUUACAACUACUCUGAAGAAUAAAAUCAGUGUGCAAAAACACGACUUCAUUGGAUUGUACUAUGAUAAGGAUGCAUCUGAUGCUUCGAUUCCCUGUAGUGGAGAAAGAUCCAUACUCUAUAGGACACUCACCAUGAUCUCAUACGCUGAAGAUGUGAAGGAAGGAGGAACUUUGGAUGCAGUGCGGUCUAUUAGUAGCCUCAAAACAUUUGCCAUUUCAGCCAAAUUUCAAGAUUCGAACCAGGGGAAUCAAAGGCCAGGCAAGAAGCCAUCACUUUCUGCAGGAGGCAUUGUUGGAAUAGUUUUUGCUUGUCUAUUUGUUGUCCUACUUUUGGCGGGAAUCACAAUCUACGUCAUGCGAUCACGUGGCAUAUCGCUCAAAAAACAAUACGGUACUCUAAACGAGAAAAACGUGAACUAUACUCAUGAUUUGCAGCGGUUUGACAAUCCGACAUAUGGGUCAAGUGGAAACACAGGAAAUGAAUAUGUAGAGGAGGUCCAACAUAAAACAAAGACAUCAAAUGCAUAGCCAAAAAUAAACAUUUAAAACCAUGCCUUCGCAAUUAACAUAGACCUGUAAAUUGGGAAAUAAAAACUAAAUUAUAAUUCA